AUGCCCAAAGUCUUCCUGGUGAAGAGGAGGAGCCUGGGGGUCUCGGUCCGCAGCUGGGAUGAGCUCCCGGAUGAAGAAAGGGCAGACACCUACAUCCCAGGUGAGCGCCGCGCGGGGGCCGGGCCUGGGCGCGGGGCUCUCGGGGUGGGGGAAGGGGCGGUGGGUCUUCUCAGCAGCAGCAGCGCGGGGGAACCUGGAGGCGCCGAGAGCAGCUUGUCCCCGCACGCCCCGGAGCGCGAAAUUCCCGAUCCCGGCGACGCUGAGAGCCCCAAUGGACACCUGGCGGCGACGCAGCGCCCGGUUGCCAGGUCUAAAAUCAAGUUCACCACAGGCACGUGCGGCGACUCAGAGGCCCACAGCUGCGACCUGUGCGGCAAGGGCUUCCGCCUGCAGCGGAUGCUUAACCGUCACCUCAAGUGCCACAGCCAGGUGAAGAGGCACCUGUGCACCUUCUGCGGCAAGGGCUUCAACGACACCUUCGACCUGAAGAGACACGUCCGCACGCACACAGGCAUUCGUCCCUACAAAUGUGAUGUCUGCAACAAAGCCUUCACCCAGCGCUGCUCCUUGGAGUCCCACCUGAAGAAAAUUCAUGGGGUGCAGCAGCAGUACGCCUACAAGCAGCGCAGGGAUAAGCUCUACGUCUGCGAGGACUGCGGCUACACGGGCCCCACCCAGGAGGACCUGUACCUGCACGUGAACAGCGCCCAUCCGGGUAGCACGUUUCUCAAAAAGACAUCCAAAAAACUGGCGGCCCUUUUGCAGAGCAAGCUGAUGUCCACACACCAGGAGAAUACCAACCUGAGUGAGGAGGAGGAGGAGGAGAAGAAGUGA